AUGGAAGAAACCAAGCUAUUAAUGUUGUAUGGAUGUAAGUUGGCUAAAAAUAUUGAAGAAAAUCUACCAAAUUUAGCUAAUCGACCUGGUAUUCUUCUAAAAUCAUGUGAUGGGAUCAUUGGAGUAUUCAGUAACCUUAAAGAGUUAUUGUCCCGCGGACAAAUGAUUUCUGGGCAGUCCCAGGAAUUACAACAAACUGACAACAUUGGUGCAGGAAUUCAAGAAUGGUUAAAAACUGGUGGCAAAAGUUAUCAUCAGGCAACGGAUCUGCAUAAUCCUCAAGCAGUUUUGGGUAAUCCGAGAACGCGUGGCUUCUCAGAAGGUUGUGCUAACCUGAAAGGUGUAUUAGGACAGCAAGAAUCAGGUUUAGAACUCAUGAUCAGUGGAAUGAAUGUGAAAAGUUUUGCGGGUGGCAUUGGAGGGGAGAUUAUUCAGCCAGUGGAUGUGGAUGCAUCAGGUUCCAUCAGAGCUUCCUCUUCGCAAUGCAAGAGAAGAAGAAAGGAUGAUGGUCAUAAAAUUAGAGUCAUAAGGGUGGCCGCUCCACAAAUGGGAAAUCUUGAUCUUCCACCAGAAGAUGGUUAUACUUGGAAGAAAUAUGGUCAAAAAGAGAUUCUUGAAUCCAGAUAUCCAAGGAGUUACUACUGUUGCACUCACCGAAAGUUCUACAAUUGCCCGGCCAAGAAGCAAGUCCAGCGACUCAACCACGACCACUCGAUGUUCGAGGUGACAUAUCGAGGUGGUCAUACAUGCCACAUCUCGUCCACACCUCGUCCACCGGUAGAACAAGGGAUGAUUCGACCAAUCGCCACCAUGCAGCCACCUUUACCAUGCAGCACUUCAUCAUCAGUCCUCACAACCCACUGGCUCUCAAUGGACAUCAAGCCAUCAGUACUGGAAUCCACAGCCACAAUUUUCAAUAAGCAAAUGUUUCAAGAACUGGGCGGCGAAGGGACUGGCAGCAGCACGGCAGGGACAUUAGCCUCCGGCCGUUUUCCCGACAACCAGGCGCUGCCGGUGGCAGAUAUGGCUAACACCAUGUUUAAUGGUGGUAGUAGCAGCAGUAUUGGAAUAGAGAAUAUCUUCUCUUCCAUGGGGGAUAAAUGGAAUUAA